AUGGCUUCUCGUAUCAAUUCCCUGAACAAGUUCCCCCCUUGCUGCUUACUCAUAACAUCAGCAUUCCUAUUUCUGGUUUUCUCGUCACUUGUCCUAGCCAUUGACAACAAAGCUUCAAUCUUUCCACCGUCCGCAGCUUCACCAGCAGCCCGUACCAGGAAGGUUCUGCUUGCUGCAGUGAAGGGUUCUAAUAAAGGUUUCAUCUUUGCCGCUGGGGGAGCUAAGGCUGCGGAUCAUCAGGAAGAGUUGAGAUCAGUUCCAUCAGGACCAGAUCCUUUGCACCAUAACGGUGGUAGCCCCAAGAAGCCCAGACCUUCCCCUUGA